GUGGGAUUUAGAGAUUAUAGUUAACAACUUGAAUGUCUUCCUCAACGCAGCCUUCGGACAUUAUCAUCGGGAGGACAUUCGGGGCACUUUUUAUUGGGGUUACCAUUGCAGCAGUUCUCUUUGGUCUAAGCUGCGUUCAAUCUUUCGUUUACUUUCAGACACAUAGGGACCCAGGGACAACAUUCUAUAAGUUGGUUGUCAUCUGUCUCUGGAUACUCGAUGCUCUGCACCUGGCCUUCAUUGUCCACUGCGUCUAUUAUUACCUAGUGAGCAACUAUGCAAACAUCACUGCGCCCAUGGAUGUUGUAUGGAGUUUUAAGCUUCAGAUACUAUUCGAGGUUCUAAUCAUUCAAGGGGUACAUUCCCUGUAUCUUUAUCGCAUAUGGAUAGUCAGCCAAGGCCGAUCAAGAAUUCUCCCCAUCAUAGUAGGCAUAGUCAUAAUGUCAAACUCAGGUGUUGCCAUCGCCCUUAUUUGGGCCUUAUAUCAGUGCAGCAUGUUCUCGGAGUUGAACAAAAUCGAGUGGGCGACAUUCUUGACUUUGGGCACGAUAACUUUUGCCGACGUCGUUAUCGCAUCAUCACUAUGCUACCUCCUGGCUACCUCCCGUACUGAGUUUUCUAGCACCAAUUCCCUGAUAACAAGGCUCAUGGUUUACAUCAUUAACACCGGAUGUCUCACGAGCAUGUGUUCGAUGGCAGCUAUAAUCACAUGCGCAGUCAUGCCGACCAACUUCAUCUUUGUCGCUAUUGAAUUUUUACUGGCUAAGUUAUAUGUCAACUCGUACCUCGCACUCUUGAACGCACGAUACUAUACGGAGGUUAACACAGACACUAACAAUUCUGACACGUUCCACAACCGCCACGGGGUCUACCGCCCGGAACUGCACGUUAGGGCGUUGGAUGAUGAUGAGCUCCAGGUAUCCCGGAAGGACUUGUUUAAACAUCUCGAUGAUACUGUGCAUCCUUCUCGAUCUGUCAAGGAGCCGGCUCUUGCAGUGACAACGGAGAUGAAUUCUUUCUCGUCUGUGUGAUGGAUGAGCAUGCGUAUAGUAUUGUCUAUCCGUCUUCUUGCGAGCUCUUAUCAAAUUGGAACGAGAGAGAUCGAUCUAGUCCACUAUAUCAGUUUCCGUAGGCUAAAUGUAUCACCGCCAGCUUAGAAUUAUAUAUAUUAGGUCAUUCGAGAUAACUUGCGUAGAAAGAGUUUUUUUAUGUCCAAUUGAGAGGUGCACUCUAUGUAGGACAUGUAGAAAGAGUUGAUCUACAGUACUAGCGACUUUUCAUGGCAGUAGUCACUAGUGGUGGGUGUGGUAUUAGUUUGAUGUGAGUUGUUGAUUCAAUUCUUCCAAUACAUCUCAGCCCACUCUUCGUCCAAAAUACCCAUGCUCAAACUAUCUUCCCAAUGGCCAUCGAUCCAGUUUGCUCGUCGCUUCCUACCCUCUUCCUUGAAUCCGCUGCCUCAAGUCAUCAGUUUUU